CAGAAACAUCCUAAAGCCUCCCACUACAGCACUGUAGUUAAAGACCCCUUCUCCAUCAAGACACUUAGUCACUGGCCAACCAGUCAUCUGCCAACCCAUCAUCUGCUAGCCAGUCCUCAGCCAACCAGUCAUAAGUCAGCAAGUCCUUAGCCAACCAGGGAUGAAUCAACUGGGCGUAAACCAAUCAGGCAUGAAGGAAUCAAGCUUACCAGACAUGAACCAACCAGGGAUGAGCCAGCCAGGCACAAGCUUAUUUGGUACAAACCAACUGGACAUAAAUCAACCAAAUACAAGCUUAACUGACAUGAACCAACUGAGCAUGAAACAACCGGGGAGGAGUCAAUCAGGCGGAAGUCAACCAGGCACAUGGCGUCCAGGUUUGAGCCAACUAGGCCUGAGCCAACCAGCCCUAAGCCAAUCAGGCAUGAGCCAACCAAGCAUGAGGCAACCAUACUCGAGCCAAUUCAGCACAAGUCAACAAAGCAUGAGGCAACUAGGCCCAAGCCAACCAUUCACAAGUCAACCAGGCCCGAGGCAACCAGGCCUGAGCCAAUUCAGUAUGAGUCAAUCUGGCAUGAGGCAACCAGGCUGGAGCCAAUCAGGCCCAAGUCAAGCAGGAACAAGCCAAUCAGGAACAAGUCAUGAAGGUAUGAAUCAACCAAGUCCAAGCCAACCAGGCAUGAGGCAACCCGGCAGAAGCCAAUCAGGCAUGAGGCAACCAAGCAAGAAUUCUUUCCGAGUAAGACCUGCAGAGGCUCAUGACUGCCCAGAAAUCCUGCGCCUAAUUAAAGAAUUGGCUUCCUGUGAAAACAUGUUAGAUUCAGUGAAGUUAACAGUAACAGAUUUACUCAGGGAUGGCUUUGGGGACAAUCCCCUUUUCUACUGCCUAAUUGCAGAAGUACACAAUCAACAAAAACCAUCAGGCAAAGUGACUGUUGGAUUUGCCAUGUACUAUUUUACAUACGACCCCUGGAUUGGCAAGUUACUUUACCUAGAGGACUUUUACGUCAUACAAGCUUACCGAGGUCUAGGUAUUGGAGCUGAAAUGCUGAAGAGGUUAAGUCAGAUAGCCAUCAGAAGCCAAUGUAACUGCAUGCAUUUUCUUGUUGUCAUUUGGAACCAGGCUUCUAUUGACUACUACACUCGUCGAGGGGCCUUAGACCUUUCUUCUGAAGAGGGCUGGCAUCUAUUCAGGUUUAACAGAGAAGAACUCAUGGAUAUGGCAAAGGAAGAGUGAAAGAUGACCCAUUUCAACUUGUCCCAACACAUGCUCCAACAUUCAAAUGUCACCUGAGUCCAACAGCAGUUUGACUUUGAGUGUUGUACAAUACAGCAAGUGAUCAAACUCUGGUUUGAGCAGAUCUUUUACUUUGAAGCAGAUUUGGCAGAUA